GGUGGGUUUGAUUUACUCAUCAGAGGCUCGUUCAAGUAACUCAACUUGCAGCCAGUGUUCACCUGUUAUAAAUAAGGCUGCGUCUCAAGUUCCCAGCAGAUCAUUGCUUAAUAAGUAGCAUUGUGAUAGUGGGAAAAAAUGGCAUCAGAACCAAGUGAAAGUGUCAGAAGUCAAAUUGUUGCUCUAAGCAAAGAGGAGCUUUCUCAGCCUCAAAUUGUGGCUGAAGGUUUCUGAGGGGGCAGUGCAUGAAACUGUAAAACGCUUUGCAGAAACUGGGUCAGCUGUAUCCAAAGCAUGAUCGGGCAGACCGAAAGAAACCACAUCAUCAGAAGAUCAAUACAUCGAGCUUAGUUCCCUCAGAGUUAGAGGGGAAAAAAGGCUAAACGCUUGGGGUGGGCUAAGAAAUACCAGCAUUUCACAGUGGAUGACAGGAAAAUACUGAUGCUGAUGAAUCCAAGGCCUUAGAUUUACAGCAGAAACAGAAGGUUGUAUGUAAGGAGACGAACAGGAGAGGGAAGGAUACCACCGUGGAUCAAACCGUCAAUGAAACGUGGUGGUGGGAACGUUCAGUCUGGGGGUAUUUUGCCUUCUCUGGAGUUGGACACCUGCACCAAACCGACUACGCCCAGAUCAAGGAGGAGUACCUCUCCAUUCUUCAGAGACAUGCUACACCCUCUGGUUUUCAUCUUUAGGGAGAAGGAUUCAUACUGCAUAAGGAUAGUUACCCUAAACACGAGAGUGUUUAGGAUGACCUGAAGACCUAAGAAGACCAAGGAGUCCUGACUGUCAUGGACUUUCCUCCAAUGUCACCUGACCUCAACCCCGCUGAACAUUUAUGGGAGCACCUGAAGACUGAGAAUGCCAAGCGUUCUGCGACAUGACAAGAGGCUCUCUGGGACAUUGUCAGAUCGUGCUGGGAGAACACGGGUCAUCAGGGUUUGCACAAACUGUUCUUCUCUGCAUCAGACGACAGUGUGUUGAUGAGCAGGUGACUGUCAGCUGUGAAAAACUGUGCGGAGGCCACAGGAUAAAAUAAACAACGACAUUAAUAUAGAGACAUGAACUAGCCCUCAGUAAAACACAGCAGCAUGAAUAACUUAACAGUAAAUAUUUUUACACUGUUUGUCCCUGCUGAGCUUCCUUAACUUGUCUCUCAGACCGUUUGAUAUCUUCAUCCUGUUAGCCAUCUUUGCUAACUGUGUUGCUCUGGGAGUUUCCAAACCGUUUCCCGAGGACGACUCCAACUCUACCAACCACGACCUGGAACAAGUGGAGUACGUCUUCCUCAUCAUAUUCACAGUGGAGACCUUCCUGAAGAUCCUGGCCUACGGUCUGGUGAUGCACCCCAGCUCCUACAUCCGCAACGGCUGGAACCUGCUCGACUUCGUCAUCGUCAUCGUCGGGUUGUUCAGCGUCGUCUUGGAGACAAUGACUCAUAAGUCUGGCGAGCAGGCAACCACUCACCACAUGCCAGGGAAACCUGGAGGUCUGGAUGUCAAAGCCCUGAGAGCCUUCAGAGUCCUGAGGCCCCUCAGGCUGGUCUCUGGAGUCCCCAGUCUACAGAUUGUGUUGAACUCCAUCAUGAAGGCGAUGGUUCCUCUUCUCCACAUCGCUCUGCUGGUUCUCUUCGUCAUCAUUAUCUAUGCCAUCAUCGGUCUGGAACUCUUCAUCGGACGCAUGCACAAGACCUGCUACUACAUAGGAACAGAUAAUUAUGUGGAGGACGACCCGGUUCCGUGUGCGUUUGCCGGUCACGGUCGCCAGUGCGCAGUUAACGGCUCUGAGUGUCGGGGGAGGUGGGAUGGUCCCAACGGAGGAAUCACCAACUUCGACAACUUCUUCUUUGCCAUGUUGACCGUGUUCCAGUGCAUCACUAUGGAGGGAUGGACCGACGUACUGUAUUGGAUGAAUGAUGCCAUAGGGUUCGAGCUGCCCUGGGUUUAUUUUGUCAGUCUGGUGAUUUUCGGCUCGUUCUUCGUUCUCAACCUGGUUCUGGGAGUCCUCAGCGGAGAGUUCAGUAAGGAGAGGGAGAAGGCGAAGGCUCGGGGAGAUUUCCAGAAGUUGAGAGAGAAGCAGCAGAUGGAGGAGGACCUGUGCGGAUACAUGGACUGGAUCACUCAGGCCGAGGACAUGGACGAACUGGACGAGGACGGAAACCCACGUCCGUCUCUCGGCGAUCUGUCAGAUAAGAAGAGAGGGAAGUUCGGAUGGUUCAGUCACUCCAACGAAACACAUGCAAGUCUUCCUGCCAGUGAAACAGCGUCUGAAAACACUGAAAACAUCGAUGAGGAACACACUAACUGCUGCCAGGCCUGCUGCGCUCGGAUGAUGAAGAUCAGCUGCUGUCGGACUUUGCGUCGGUGGAAUCGCGUCUGUCGCAGAAACUGUCGCACCGCUGUUAAAUCGGUGACCUUUUAUUGGCUGGUUCUGCUGCUCGUCUUCCUCAACACCUCCCUCAGCGCCUCCGAGCACUACAACCAACCUGACUGGCUCACACAAGUCCAGGACAUCGCCAACAAGGUGCUGCUGUCUCUCUUCACGGUGGAGAUGUUGUUGAAGAUGUACAGUUUGGGUCUGGCUCAUUACUUUGUGGCGUUCUUUAACCGCUUCGACUGUUUCGUGGUGUGUGGAGGCAUCGUGGAGACCAUCCUGGUGGAGAUGGAGAUCAUGCCUCCUCUGGGGAUCUCGGUACUGCGUUGCGUCCGCCUGCUGCGGAUCUUCAAGGUCACGCGCCAUUGGACGGCUCUGUCCAAUCUGGUGGCGUCCCUGCUGAACUCCAUGAAGUCCAUCGCCUCCCUGCUGCUCCUCCUCUUCCUCUUCCUCAUCAUCUUCGCUCUGCUCGGCAUGCAGCUGUUCGGAGGAAAGUUCAACUUCGACGAAACGCAGACCAAACGCAGCACCUUCGAUGCCUUCCCACAGGCGCUGCUUACCUGCUUCCAGAUCCUGACAGGUGAGGACUGGAACGUGGUCAUGUAUGACGGCAUCAUGGCGUACGGAGGCCCCGUGUUUCCAGGAAUGAUCGUCUGCGUUUACUUUGUCAUCCUCUUCAUCUGUGGUAACUAUAUACUGCUGAAUGUCUUCUUGGCCAUCGCUGUGGACAACCUGGCCGGAGGAGACGGAGACGACAAGAAGAAAGAGAAGAAGAAGGAGGGAGCUGAGGAGGAGGAGGAAGCUGAAGAAGGAGCAGUGAAGGUGGACAUUGAUGAAGACACCGAGUACGAGGAGGAAGAGGAGCUUCCUGAAGGAGACGACGAGGGAGGGGUCCAGUUAAAGAUGGCCGAUCUCGCUCCUCCUAAAGAGAAGAUUCUUCCAAUCCCAGAAGGCAGUGCGUUCUUUUGCCUCAGCAAAACAAACCCUAUCCGUGUGGCCUGUCACACUCUGAUCCACCACCACAUCUUCACCAACCUAAUCCUUGUCUUCAUCAUCCUCAGCAGCUGCUCAUUGGCUGCUGAGGAUCCAAUCAGAGCCCACUCCUUCAGGAACAACAUUCUGGGUUACGCAGACUACGCCUUCACCUCCAUCUUCACUGUGGAGAUCCUGUUAAAGAUGACGGUGCAUGGAGCGUUCCUCCAUCAGGGCUCGUUCUGCAGAAACUGGUUUAACCUGUUGGAUCUACUGGUCGUCAGCGUCUCACUGGUCUCCUUCUUCCUGCACUCCAGCGCGAUCUCGGUGGUGAAGAUCCUCAGAGUCCUCAGGGUGCUCAGACCUCUGAGAGCCAUCAACAGAGCCAAAGGACUAAAGCAUGUGGUCCAGUGUGUGUUUGUGGCCAUCAGGACUAUCGGAAACAUCAUGAUCGUCACGACUCUGCUGCAGUUCAUGUUCGCCUGCAUCGGAGUCCAGCUGUUCAAGGGUAAAUUUUAUCGCUGUACAGACGAGGCCAAACACACUCCUGAACAGUGCAAAGGGACCUUUGUGGUGUAUAAAGAUGGAGAUGUGAGCCAUCCCAUGGUCAGAGAGAGGCUCUGGCAGAACAGUGACUUUAACUUUGAUAACGUGUUGAUGGGGAUGAUGGCGCUCUUCACCGUGUCCACCUUCGAGGGUUGGCCCGCUCUGCUGUACAAAGCCAUCGAUGCUAAUGGGGAGAACUCUGGUCCAAUCUACAACUACCGAGUUGAGAUCUCCAUCUUCUUCAUCGUCUACAUCAUCAUCAUUGCCUUCUUCAUGAUGAACAUCUUUGUGGGUUUCGUCAUCAUCACCUUCAGAGAGCAAGGAGAGCAGGAGUACAAGAACUGUGAGCUGGACAAGAACCAGCGUCAGUGUGUGGAGUACGCUCUGAAGGCUCAGCCACUGAAACUUUACAUCCCAAAGAAUCCGGUUCAGUACAAGUUCUGGUCCAUCAUCAACUCCACAGGAUUCGAGUACGUCAUGUUCGUCCUCAUCCUGCUCAACACCGUCACUCUGGCCGUUCAGCACUAUGAACAGUCUAAAACCUUCAGCUACAUCAUGGACAUCCUCAACAUGGUGUUUACUGGACUCUUCACUGUGGAGAUGCUGCUGAAGCUGCUCGCUCUUAGACUCAGGCAUUACUUUGUGGAUGCCUGGAACUCGUUCGAUGCUCUGAUCGUGGUCGGCAGUGUGGUCGAUAUCGUCGUCACCGAGUUCAGCAGUGGAGAGGACAGCUCUCGGGUGUCGAUCACCUUCUUCCGUCUGUUUCGAGUGAUGCGAUUGGUCAAGCUGCUGAGUAAAGGGGAGGGGAUUCGUACGCUGCUGUGGACUUUCAUCAAAUCGCUGCAGGCUCUGCCAUACGUCGCUCUGCUCAUCGCCAUGAUCUUCUUCAUCUACGCCGUCAUCGGCAUGCAGACGUUUGGGAAGAUAGCAAUGCAGGAUCAUACUCAGAUCAACAGAAACAACAACUUCCAGACUUUUCCUCAGGCUGUUCUCCUCCUCUUCAGGUGUGCUACAGGUGAGGCGUGGCAAGAGAUCAUGUUGGCCAGCCUUCCAGGUAAACGCUGUGACCCCGAGUCUGACUACGAACCGGGAGAAGAGUUCAGCUGCGGCAGCAACUUCGCCAUCGUUUACUUCAUCAGCUUCUUCAUGCUGUGUGCUUUCCUGAUCAUCAACCUGUUUGUCGCCGUCAUCAUGGACAAUUUUGACUAUCUGACACGUGAUUGGUCGAUUCUUGGACCGCAUCAUCUAGACGAGUUUAAGAGGAUCUGGUCUGAAUACGACCCAGAGGCCAAGGGUCGCAUAAAACACCUGGAUGUUGUGGCUCUGCUCAGGAGGAUUCAGCCUCCUCUGGGUUUUGGGAAACUCUGUCCUCACAGAGUGGCCUGUAAGCGUCUGGUAGCAAUGAACAUGCCUCUGAACUCUGAUGGGAUGGUGACCUUCAACGCCACGCUCUUCGCUCUGGUUCGCACCGCCCUCAAAAUCAAGACUGAAGGUAACCCUGAUCAGGAAAAUGAGGAGCUGAGGGUGAUCAUAAAGAAGAUCUGGAAAAGAAUGAAACCAAAACUACUGGACGAAGUCAUACCACCACAUGAAGAGGAGGAAGUGACAGUUGGGAAGUUUUACGCAACUUUCCUGAUCCAGGAUUACUUCAGGAAGUUCAGGAAGAGGAAAGAGAAAGGAGGUCUGCCCGGAGAGUCCGACUCCACCAACCCAUCUGCUGUCCAGCUCUGUAAAGCCGGUCUGAAGACUCUGCAGGAUCUGGGUCCAGAGAUGCGUCUGGCUCUGAACGAGGACCUGGAGGAGGAGGAGGAGGAGGCCAUGAUGGAGGACGAAGAGCUGGAGGAGAACGCUGCGUACAAGGGUGAAAACGGCUUCGGACCAGAGAAAGAUCGACGAGGCUCCAUACUGACCACGCCCACCGGUCCUGGUGGUGUUGUCGGUGACGGAGGUGUGUCUAACGGAGGCCUGAUCCACCGGGUCGGUUCUCUCACCAAGAUGCCGAACGGCAGCGAACACGACCAACAUCUUCACCGCGGUGACAACAUGAGGUCAUCUGUCAAUCUUCACCACCACCGCCACCCGUCAGUGAAGAACGGCCUGCUGGACCACGCCCCUAAGAGACCGUCAUACUACAAACAUGCAAGGAGGGACUCGAGAGACAGAUGCUGGAGGAACGGGGACAUGGAGGCAUACGGAGAGCAGGGUUACUACAGCAGAGACGAAGACAACGACAGCAUCACCUCCAGAGACAGACAUUACCCUGACGAGCCUCCUCUGCACAGUGACCACUACGACGGCCACGCCCCCUACACCAACAGUAGCUAUGGUAACGGCUACAGCGAGGGCAGGAGGACGACCAGGAGACGCCUACUUCCUGCCACACCCACAGGUCGGAAACCGUCGUUUAACAUCCAGUGUCUGAGGAGGCAGGGGAGCAGCGACGACCUGCCAAUCCCUGGGACGUACCACCCGACCUCACCGCCACGGCGCGCACGCACACAGAUGUUCAGCAGUUACGAGUCUCGUCACUCCUCCGGUCGCUCCUCGGCAGCCUCCUCUGCGUCCUGGGCAAACCCGUGUCCUCGCCGUGGACGCCUUCUCUACGCUCCUCUCAUCCUGGUGGAGGAGGAAGGCAGCCCACCCUGGGGGGGCGGAGGAGGAGGACCCGUGGGUGAGGGGAAGAAGGGAGGAGCAGGAAGAGGUGUCAGUGUGACAGGUGCAGCACCCAGACCAGCCUGGUACGGUGGCCCUGCAGGGACAUCAGCCCCCCCACCGUACAGAGCCUACACCACCCUCAGAGUACCCUCUCAGCUCGGAGCUCAGUUCACUGAGAAACGAGGAUCGGCCGACAGUCUGGUGGAGGCGGUUCUGAUCUCCGAGGGUCUCGGUCUUUACGCUCGGGAUCCGAAGUUUGUGGCGUUUGCGAAGCGGGAGAUCGCAGACGCGUGUCACAUGACAGUGGAUGAGAUGGAAUCGGCCGCCAGCGACCUGCUCGGCUCAGGGAGCCAUGGCUUCCUUGGCGACGCCGCCGUCGACCCUGCUGCGCUCUACAGCGAUGAGGAGCCAAUUAGGUCGGGCCGUGACGAGGACGAGCUGGCCGACGAGAUGACCUGUGUGACGUCAUUUUGAUGCUCUGCACCAAUCAGGGAUAAGAGACAGGGACUGAGAGGGGCUGGGCGUAAGCAAUUUUUGAUUGACAGGACACUUGACCAAUCACGAGACAACACCGAGAAAGGGGCGGGAUUUAAUCAAAGCAAAGCAGACUGAAUUCUGAUCAGUGAGGAGGAAGAAAGGGGAAGUGACUGAAGAAGAUGAAGAGGAAAGGAAAUAAGGAGGCAGAAGUACAGGAGUGUUGAUGGAAGAAAGGAUAAAGAGGAAGGAAGAAAAACGGAAGAAGAAAGAAAGGGAUUGAGAGACAAAAGAUAAAAGAUUAAGAAAAUAUGUUAGGACAGAUUUCUGAUUUGAGAUGAAGGAGAAGAAGGAAAGGAGGGAAGGAGGGACAAAAAAGAUGGGAGGAAGAAAGAAAAGGGAAAAACACGAAAGAAAAAGAACAAAUGCAGGUUUGGUGUGAGGUAGAAGAAAGGAUGGACAGAGAAAGACAAUUGAGAAAAGAAGAAGGAUAGAGAGGAAAAAAUGAAAGGAGGACGAAUGAGGGGAGUGAAGGAAGGAACAAUAAGAAGAAAGAGAAGAGAUGAAAGACGAGAUAAAAAAGGAAAAAGGGUAGGAUGGUCGAUCAAAGAGAGGGUAAAGACGGAAAAGGGAAACUGGAGAAGAAAGGUGGCAAAAAGGAAAGAGACAAGAAAGGAAGAUGAAAGAGAGGCUGAGAGAUGGAUAAAGAUUUAAGGAAAGAGGUUCAAAGGAAGUAAGGGAGGAUAAAUAGAAACGGAAAAUCUGAGGAAUGAAAAGAGAUGAAGAGGAAAGUGAAGGAUGAAUAAAGAGAAGAUUUGAGAGACAAAAGAUAAAACAAUUAAGGGAAGUGGAAAAACGAUGCAAGUCGUCAUGGUGACGCCACUGAGCAGAUGUAACUCUGGACGGGUCGACCAGGCCCCGGCCCCGGCCCCGGCCCCCGAGAGGCCGGGGGGCCCCUGUCUGAAGUGAAUUAUAGUUGUCAUGGGAAAUCGAGCACAAAGUGAAACAAAACCACCACAAAGGGACUCGAAACCACAAACAGCACCGACGUGCGUCGCAGGUGAUCCGACCACAGGUGGACAGUUCUUGGUGACUCAGUUCACAGCUGGCAUCAGAAGGCGUCUCCACGUGCCUCCAGUGACCACUUGUGAUUGGAUCUCACCUCCACGCUCUAUAUGCAAAAAAACACUGUACAUCGUUGUUUUUAACCGGUGGCACUUCCUGUGCCUGCUCUGCUGGAAAUUAAAAGAAGAGGAAGAAGAAAUCCAAACAAUACCGGCUGGGUCUGUUCCUUGGCGUGGUUCGGACAAACCAACCAAUCACCCAGCCUGUCUGACGCACUCAUUACUUAUCUCUGUGGGCUUCUGAAAUUUUAGGACGUUGUGAACAAAGCCAGCUUUCGCCGUUUGUACGACUUUUAUCUGUUUGCGACUUGAGGUCGUACAUCCGCUCACGCAGAGGACGUCAGUUGAGUGGGCGGUCCCUCAACGUGGCCCGGGACACAUUCGCGCUCACACUGCCAACAGAAUGUGGCCACCUCCGAAUGUGGUCUCGAUGCGUCCUCGGUGCGUCUCGGGUGCAUUCACACCUGUACGUGGAGCCGUCCACCUGCGAUCAGAUCCCCUGAGACACGUGGUGAUGUGGGGGGACUUCUUGUCUCUGAGCUACAUGGGAUCACACUGUACCCACAAUGCACUUCUGUCGCUGUGCAUCAGACCGUUAACAGUUUGGUUUUACAGGUUGUUCUGUAAUUUUAGAAAGUUUUUGAAUCCAGUUUUUGAAUAUUUGGUACCUCAAUCUGUGGACACAUGGACAGUAUAUAAAAUUAUACAUAUACUGGAAAUUAUGCACAAUUUAAGAUUAACUAUUAGAAUUUUUGAAGAGGGGAAUUCAAAUCCUAUGAAUUCAAGGGGAUGGUUUUUGCUGUAAAUUCAGUGGUAAUAUUAAUAUAAUUAUUGAUUCAACUUCAUAAUUAGAGUUUUGUGCGAAAGCUCAUUCAUUCCUGCUGUAAACUUACUUCAAACAAUAAACAGAUACGAUUCACUUGUUAGUUUGUAUAGUUGAUGUUUGUUCUUUCUUUGGUUUUUUUGUGGAGUUCAACUGUUCGUCACUAACAGUCCCGUUUCCGAACUUUGUCUUCUUACUUUUCUGGAGUUUUCUUUCUGAUAUGAGAUUCAGAUGAAAGUCACCAGGUAAUUCUAUCCGUUUAUUGUUCUCAGUAAGUUAGGAGCAGGAAUGAACGAACCGUGUUCAGAAACGAGGAGCUGUUUUAUAUCAGGACUGUUGACGUCUUUUAAUGCUGGUAAACGAUGUGUUGAGCUUUCUGCUCAGUGUGGAGGAAUAUAUCUCUCAUAUUUUAUUAACGUGUAUUUUUAUUCUCGUAAAUGAAGGGGUCGUCUUCAAACCAGAUGAUGAACCGAGAAGACUUUUUUUGUCUCUUUGUUUUCUAUUUGACAGCAGAAACUGAGUGUUUGUUCAGUACGUUUUCUUUUUUUAAAUGUUUGAUAUUUUUUAUUCAUUUUGACAGAGAGGACUGGCUUUUUCUCGUUUAUUUGUUUAAUUCUCGACGGCCGAGAGUCCACUGGUGUUUUGUCUCGUCUGAAAUUUUGUGUUUCCGUCAGAUUUUUGUUUUUCUCUCCAACAGUUUGGACAGUUUCCCAGCAGUUAAGGGCUUUUCAAUUUCACGCCUGGAUUUCCUGAAAAAUCCUCCUCACAUGUUGAGAACUGCUAUAUUCAGCUGAGAAACGGCUCUGACUGAACUCUGAUUUACCUCAA